AAAGCAAAGUUGGCCUAGAUAUUUUGCAUCUUGGACUGUGUAUAAACCACCUAGCCUAGCUCUAUAUAUAAAGUCGUAGGAAUCAAAUGAACAAUAAAUAUUCUCAUUCAUCCCACACCAUUCCAAUCACUAAUAAAUAUACACACACUCAUCUUUCUCUUUCAAUCUUUCCUAAAAUUCCAAGUGUUCCAUUAGUCAAACAGAAUGAGGAACUCUAUGAUGAUCUCUUCAAUUAUUGCAAUAUUCAUAUUUACCAUCAUUCCCUUACCCAUCACUUGCACUAGUAGCCACCUUUUGCCCUUGAAGAAAAGCAACCAUAUUUUCAUGGUAGGACAACAAGAUCAACAAGAGAUGAUUACGAUGAUCAACAACAACAACAACAACAACCAUGAUCUUAUAGAGAGCACUUGUAAAAACACCCCAAAUUAUCAGCUGUGCAUCACAACACUUGAAUCCGACCCGAGGAGCCUUGACCCUAACACGAGCGUGUUCGGGUUAGGACUCAUCGUGGUGGACGCUCUAAAGAACAAAGCGACGGCGACCAUGGAAAAAAUCAACCGGCUCAAAGGGUCCAACAUUCCGGAUUUCGCGAUCCCGGUGAUGGAGUGUAGCAUGAUGUACAAUGCAAUCUUGAAGGCCGACAUCCCGGUGGCCAUCGAAGGGUUGAGGAAAGGUGUCCCAAAAUUUGCAGAGAGUGGGAUGGAUGAUGCGGCUUUGGAGGUGCAAAAUUGUGACAACAGUUUCAAGAAACAAGUCAAGUAUUCACCCAUUUCUGGUAUGAAUCAGGAUGUUUAUGAUCUUUCUCUUGUGGCUAAAUCCAUCAUCCGGCUGCUAUUAUGACGAAUCACAGCUCUAUUCCCUUUAAAUAUUUGUUGUUAGUUUUCCUCCUUUUUUUUUUAAUGUAUAAUUAAAUUUAAUCAUGUAAGAAGAUAGGCAGCCAGUGUUGAUACCCACCUUGAUCAUGUUUGUAAUCUUUUGUUUUGUUUGCUUCGUCAAACUAUCUACUAAAGGUAUAGAAAUUCAACUACUACGUCAUUUUCUUGAGAUUACUCCAGUUUUACCUUUAC